AUGAGGAGAAAAUUGAGGUCUAAUGCUUCUACAAAUAUCAGUAACAAAACAUCGUUUUUCAAAGUACUGCAGAUUGGUCGUUUUGAAGAAAAACUGCUGGUUCCACCGGCCUUUAUCAGGCAUUUCAAUGGCAAGACACCCGAUAAGUUGAUCCUACAAAGUCCUACUGGGAGAUCUUGGACCAUAAAAAUGAAGAAAUAUGGCAAUAAGGAGUUGUUCUUCUAUAAUGGUUGGCCAGAGUUUGUACAUGCACAUUCUUUACAACAUGAGGAUUUCGUAGUUUUCAAAUACAAAGGUCAUUCCAAGUUUCAUGUGAAAAUACAUGCAAAAACUGGGUGCGAAAAGGAGUUCCCUUUAGAGUUCACUGAGCCAAUUUUGGAAGUUAAGCAAGAAGAAGAUGAAGAAACUGACGAAGAAACAACAUACGGAAAUGGGUACAAUGAACAAAGAAGAGUUGUUAAAUCAGCAAUGCCCAGGAUGAGCGAGCAUCCACAUUUUGUUGCUGUCUGGAGGGACACCAGAAAAAGCCAUUUGACAAUUCCAAGGAAUUUUGCCAAAGAAUUUGGACUCGAUGAGGAAAAUAGUAUAGUGCUUCAAGAUCCUAAGGAGAGGUCAUGGCCUGUGGACCUCAUUCAAGUAGCAGACGGCCGCAUUAAUAUGGCUGAUGGAUGGGCUCAAUUUUCAGAAGGAAAUAAGUUAUCAGCAGGUGAUGUCUGUCUAUUCCAAGUUAUCAACCGAACAAAAGUUGAUGAGUUGAAUGUUAUCAUUUUUCCAAAGGCUGAAGUAGAGAAACAAGGUUGGGAGGUUCCGAAUCUUCCGAUUACCAGGAGACCAAUUUAUUACUUGGAUCCUGAGUUCAAAACGCGAAAUUUAGGAAAAAGGCCCAUGACAGCUUGUAUGACAAUACCUGCAAAAGGAAGAGUUGCAGCUGACUCACCUGAGUCAUCUGGAUCUGAGUCAAAAUGCCCUUAUACACAUUUCAAACCAUAA